AUGGUGCUGCAUCAGAAGACAAAGCAGGCCUUCCAGUCAAAGGACCUCUCCGUAGCCUACGCGAGCUGCUGGUCCGACCUCAUCGAGCCAUUCAAGGCUGACACUGCAGACCAGCCUCUCGUUGCUGCCUGGUUCCACUUUAUCAACGAGUCCCGCCAGGAGCAGGAGAAGUACGGUCGCACAACAACCCAGCAACAGGCCGCUGCCUUCAAGAAGCUCGAGCAAGCUGCAAGGACACAGAGGGAGAAGCAUGGAUCAUAUCUGGAGCGACCUGACUUCCAGGUGGCAUUCUCUCGCUUCAUGGCACUCUAUUACUUUGCCUCCGCCAAGCUGUCGUCCAGGAAACAGAUCUUUGCUCUCAUCCAAUCCCUCCAGUCUCAAUUACAAUUCGACGAGGCCGAUCAGAACGGACCCAUUGUCUCUGCUAUGCGAUCUGUUAUCAUGAACGACAUCUUUUCCGUCAAAGGACAACCCUGCAUCGAGAUCGAUAUGGCAUGGCACCAGCGCGCUCUCACCCUCUAUACCACCCUCGACUACGCCAUGGGACGAGCUGCGAUUCACGCAGACAUGGAUGCCAUCCUCGACCAACUCUCAUUACUGCUUCAUACCAGAGUCGAAACCACUAACGUCGAUGUGGGCAGGGACCACAUCCCAAGCGCAUACACGGAAGCUAUGAUGGAUCUUGAGUUCAUUCUCAAACUCAUCCUCGCCAUUAUCUCUCGCCUAAUCGUCAGUAACAACGACAACCGACAGUCAGAGCUAUCAACUUCAUCCACACACCAAUUCGAGAUUUCAUCAACACACACCACACAACCGUACAUUCUCCGGAUCCUCGAGGACGCCAUCACAGUAUCUUCUUCUCCAGCAUACCACCGCGACGUGUCUUCGAUCUCAGGAAUGAUCUUUGCCAACUUGGUCGAUCUGACCUCGCCCAACGUUCAGGAAGCAACCCGCAGGAUAGUCGGGCUUGUCUUUGGCGCCAAUGGACAGGAUCUUGCAUACCUCCCCAAGAUUCCACAGGUCAUGGUCGAGAUGGACUUCGGAUGGAACACCUACUUGGGAGAAAAGUGCGGUCCAGGAGAGGAGGAUGCAGGAAUGUACAUGUUGGGCGUCGUACGUGGACUUUUAACCAACAUCCGUCCGGAGGCCCUGGUGAUGACUGUCGAGCACAUUUCUCAUUGGUACGCCCCUGCUGUCUUUGACGAUCUCAACAAGGGCAACUUGGUUUUGCACCAGGUCCUCUUCCAUGCGAUCGCUUAUCUCUGUGCCACUUCCAAGGACAUGUCGAGCAAGACCAGCGCCUUUGAGACGAUGGGACACUGGCUUCAACAGACAAAGCUGCACUUGGGUGACAAAUCGACAGCAUCAACAGAGAUGAAGCAAGCGCUGGCGAACUGUAUCAACGAGCAGGCGCAGGAGAAACUCGCGACCUACGUUCUCGACUACUGGGAGGAUCCUGUCGACGCCGUUCAACACAAGGUCAAGAACAUUCUGGAGCUGCUUCUGGACAUUGUCUACCUCAAGGCUCAACUCAGCAAUGAGCACACCACCCCAGCAUUCGUCACGGAUCUCCUUCAGCGCAUCCUUAUGGCGGAUGGUCACAGAAAGUCCAAGCACCCUAUUCUAGCCAUCUUGGUGGAACGAGUCCCUAUGGCAGAGGUCAUUCACCUUCGACAGGACGCUCUUUCUCAGGCCAUUCUCGCUCUGGAACAGCUCGCCACUGCGCCCGGUGCAGCCGUUGCGAUUAACGCGAUGAUCGAAAAGUCAUGGAAAGAGUGCCUCGAACUGGAUGUCAAGAACGCUAACGUCCUCGCGGUCGCAGCAAAGAAGUCUGACAAGAACACUGGAAAGGCGAUAGAGGACUCAGCAAUGGAUGCGACUGCUACCCGCUCAGCACGCAAGGCUGCCAUCCAACCAUGGGUGGACUUUUGGAUGAAAUCGGUGACCCAGGCUCUGACGACCGACAACGAUUUGAUCCGCAAGCAUCUGGGACACUUUAUCUUCUCGCCACUCUUUUCGACUUGCCCCGAGGCAUUCUGGACUUUGCUCGACGUUCUGAACGACACCACCAAUGUCACCUACCCAGGAUACAUUUCGGACGAGCAGUAUCGUUUCAACGCCAUUGUGCUCUCGAUCAAGAUUGCUCGCUCGCUGGAUCUGGUCGAUGCCAGCAACUAUGUUGAUUUCUCGUCAACAACCGCCACAAACGACUCUGGCAAGCCCAAGAUCGACAUCUCUGUUCUUCACUCGGCUAUGCAUCAUGCUUCAGCAGAUAUCCGCAUCGACGUCCUGGGUAUCCUCUGCGAGUCCCGAAAAUCGACUACACCCGUGGCAUUGAUGGAAUACGAUCUGCUGAAGAAGUUCCUCCCCCUCAACCUCAACGCCGUCGUACCCGAUUUCCGUCAGAAGCUGUACUCGCACCUGGCCAAGUUCCUGUUCCGUGUGCGAGGCAACUGUUAUGUGUUGGCGCGUGAGAUUUCUCGACUCCACACACCAGUUGGCAAGAAGAACUUGAGCGAGGCAGAUGCGAACGAGAUGAUUCAGGAGCGUGAGGCCAAGGUUGCCGAGACAAAGGCGUUCCUGGAGUGGCUUCUGGACCAUAUUUUUUCUUCGAUCUACCCAGGAUCAUCCUUCCAGCGUGUCUCGACAAGUUUGCGUUUACUUGGAGUCAUGAUCAAGACCUUUGGAAUCAAGACCACCCCCUUGCCUCCUGGCUCAAAGCCCAACGACAUCUCUCGCUUCCCAUUCCAGCUCCCCAUUGCCAGCAAGGAGCACACCAAGAUUCUUUUGGGCUGCCUCUUGAACCCCUUCGACCACUGUCGUGAGCAAGCCUUGGAGAUUCUGAUGAACUUUGACGCGCCUUUUGAAGGCUACGGCACCAAAGAGUCUGUUGAUGGGUUGGUCCGUUGGGGACUUGACUGGCUCAAGAGCACCAGAGCCGGUGAGAGUGAUUCGGGCGGAUUGGUUCUCAAGAUCAUAUUUGUCAAGUACGCCAUCGAGCUCGGAUGGGACAUUGAUCUGCCAUACGAUGGUUCUGAGGAGUUCAAGGACGUCAAGUUUGCAGCCUACACGGGAAACCCCGCAGUUGACUUCACAAUCCGCUUGCAGAACUUGCUUCGCGUUCAAUUGGAGAGGGCUCGUCAGAACCAACUGGACGCGGCAUACCAUCACCCAGUUCACGGAACCCUGAUCGGCCUUCGCUACCUCUUCUCGUCCAUCGACUAUGCCUCCCCACUUGUCACCAAUCACCGCCCUCUUUGGCAGGCAGUCCACGCGGACAUGAUGGAUCUGGUCGAGAGCGUCUGCGGCGUAGUCAUGGGCGUUCUUUCAAACCCCUCGCCCGAGGGCAACAUCCCAGCCACAUUCACUGAGAUGGAAGAGUCGAUCGAUGCUGUUAUCAGUUCUUCAGGCGGAGACGAGUUUGAGCAGAGCGGUGGGCCCAACCAUCAGGUUAUCCUGAGUUACUGCUGGCGCGCUAUUAAGGAGUCGUCUUCACUUAUGGAGUUGGUCCUUUCCAAGGCCACCCUGGGCGGCAGCGCACUUAAGACUGAUGGUAUUCUGGAGCCCAACGCUCUCGACCGCGCUGGAAGUUUGUUCAGACGAUUGUUGACGACUAUACGUCAUCCAGGUGCCUUCUCGUCCGUCUUCCCAGCUUACAUCUCGCUCUGCACAAGACUGCUCAACUCGGAGGAUUCGGCGUUAGCCGCUCUCCCAAGGGUCUGGCUCGAAGAGAACCUGGACUCUAUUCUCAGUGACUCUAUCUCGGUCACCCGUCGAUCUGCCGGAUUGCCUCUCUGCAUCCUGGCCAUUGUCAACGCCGAGUUGUCCGACAACCGCCGCACCCUGCUUCCCAUGGUCAUGCGUCGUGUCAUGGCGAUCGCAGAAAAGCCCGUCAGCCCCGAUGCCAACCAUCAGGUCGACUUGCCUCAGAUCCACGCCAUGAAUGUUUUGCGUCGCCUCUUUAUGGACGCCAAGCUUAGCACCUCGGUCCUCCCCUAUGUCGGUCAAGGACUUGAGCUCUCUAUCCGCGCAUUCUCGUCGCCAUCAUGGGCUGUCCGUAACUGCGGUGUCAUGUUGUUCUCGACCCUAUUGCACCGUGUCUUUGGAGCCAAGAGGGUCCGUGAUGAGCAUUUGGCGAUUAACGGUAUCACCAGUCGCGAGCUCUUUGCUCGUCUUGAAGGACUGUGCGAUUUCUUGCAGAGUCAGCUCGAGGUGGCGGUUAGGCAGCUGUUGGAUGCCGAAUCAGCUCAAGAUCGUGUCCAUCCUGGCCUCUACCCCGUUUUGACACUCCUUUCUCGUUUGCAGCCCAGUCUUCAUGCCGACCCAGCCGAUGCGGUCGACGGCGGCAUGUCUGCCUUUGUCACCCUCGUCCGUCGGUGUGCUGCAAGUGCCAUUUGGAAAACCCGCGAGAUGGCGGCCCGUGCGUUGAUCCCUCUGAUUGCCUCUCACGAUUUGAUGGAUUGGAUCGUCGAUAUUUUGCAGGGCUGCGCCAAGGACAAGAUUUCCCAGAACGAAGUCCACGGUCUUUUGGUCCAGGUUCAGUUCCUUCUGCGUGGCCAUCUCCUGGGAGAGGGCGUUGCCGAUCGCGUAGUUCGAAAGUCAUUCGUGACGCGUUUCGCAGACGUGUUUGGGCCCGUGACGGAGCGUGUUCUCAAGACUGGAUGCCAGCUGAACCGGUGGAUGGUGCUUUCGAUCUAUGCCGAGUUUGUCCUCGGGGAGACCUGGAUGGGUCGUAACUCUGUGCAGGAGGAGGAAGGUGCAGAGAUGGAGAUGGAGAGUGAGAGGGAGGAGAUGAAGCGUCUGAGUACUAUCCACUUCAAGAGCAUCCGCGAUUUUAUUAUCGACUAUGCUGUGGUCGGUCUCUUGGAGGAGAAGAAGACUUAUCGUCAACACAUCGGAGGCCACCUUGUUCGCCGCCUUAUGGCCAGAACGGUCAUUUCAGCAACUGUUCUUGGAGUGAACGCCGCCAUGACCAGGGACCAGAUCACCGGCAUUGUGACAUCCCUCUUGAAUGACGCCGACUAUGAAGUCCGCUUGGAGACACUGGAGACCCUGCAGAUGUGGCUCGAGUCGAACCGGGAGGGUGUUCAGACCUACUUGGAUGCGUCUGUCAUUCACAACACGCUCAUCAACACACUGUUCAAGGGCGAGGAGAAUCUGGAGUGUCUCCGCCUCGAGGUUGCGUUGAUGUCCAAGUUUGGAGGCAACAAGCCCUUCCCCGAGGGAUCCCAUAUUGACAUUGUCGAGUUCUGGAACCGUCUCUGCACGCAUAUUGAUGAUGAGACCAUGGGCGGUAUUGCUGUUGUCGAAGCCAUCCUGCCUGCCACUGGAAACGUCUUUGCUCAAAUCUGGAACGAUUCCAAGGUUGAAGAGUCCCUGCGGAUUGACUGCUUGAACCGCUGGUCAACCUCCAUCCACAAAUACGCCAACGAAUAUCAAACCUUGCAGCUCCGAGAGGCAGCCCUGGAAUCAAUUUCCUUCUUCACAUCCCAGCUCAUGGACCCGCACCAACCACACCCAUCCACCACCAAAACACCAGCCUACCUUCGACUUCUUGAAACCUUGACCUGGCAACUUCAGGACGAUGAAGCAGAAGUCCGUGAAGAAGCUACGCUGAUUGUUUCUAGAGGAAUCCAGCUUCCAUAUGCCGUCUCGUCCGAGAAGGCAUUGACGCUCGUCUACGACCACCAGGUUGUACUCUUUGCGGGACCGGACGCGAACGAAGAGCAGAUCCGGUUGUUGAUUCAGGCGCUUGUUUUUGGAUUAUUGGGAACUGAAGACCCAGCGCGUAUUGUGUCAGAGUCUCUGCAGCCAAGCAAGACCCUCUUCGACAAGGAAUCCCCCAACUUGUACCGUGAACCCCUCAUCUCGAUGCAAUUGACCCAACGCGCCCUGGAACAGAUCCAAAACCGACCCAACCUUCUCGCAUCCGCACUGGCCGCUCUUCAAGCAUACCAACAAGAAUCCAUCCAGCAGGCGACGCGGGUUCAAAAGGCUGUUGAGGAAUGGAGUCAUUCUGUUGAAGAAGGACAAACAGGGACAGGAGUGACAGCAGGAAGAGGAGGAGGAAGGAAGGAUCGGUCGCCUUGGGGAAUCAGUGGUCGGAAACCGGUCUUUGAGGUCCUUUGGCGUCUUGCUAGUGGAAGCAGUCUUUUGAGAGCAGCUGGAGAGGAGAAGGGCUCGUACUCGGCGGAGCUUCUUCAUGACGCAUCAAAGGUCCAUCCAGUCGUUAUUGAGGCCAGUCAGAAGAACGAAGAGGCGCGUUUGUUCUUGAUCGAGUAA